GAGUAGCAGACUUUAUUCUUCUCAGUUUUUAUUUAGAUAAUUAUAUUUAAUUUAUGAUUAAGGAACACCUGUAAGGGCUCUUGUAUUAAUUGAUAUUAAUCUAAUAACAAGUAAUGGAAAUAGACAAACUACUAGAAACGGUGAGAUGUAUGCAAAAAUGUUUGGAGUGUGCUAUCUGUUUAGAGACACUUUCAGUGCCUGCAAAAACAAGAUGUGGGCACACGUUUUGUCAUACCUGUAUAAUGGACGCUAUAAAAGAUCCAGGUGCUCUAUGUCCAUUAUGCAAGUCAAAUUUAACAAGACGAAGCAUUUCCAGGGAUAAAUACACAAUUAAAUUUAUUGAACGGUUUGAAGAACUCGUGCAUUCCAUUGAAAUUGAUAGCGGUCUUGAUAUUACUUCUUAUCUAAAACAAGGAGUAAGGGGGAUUGGGUAUAGGAGUUUUGAGACUCACGCAACGUCGAUAACAAAUGAAUGUGCAUUAAAGAAAACAACAACACAUGAAAAUGCAGUGGAAGAACAUGUUAUUGAGCAUCCGUAUUCAAAAAGAGACUGUAAUAAGGGAAACAAAGAAAUCAUUGAAGAUAAAAAAAUUCCUGAAGUAUUGAAGAAACAUGAGUUAAUACCUUUAGUUUCUAACCCAAAAGAAGUCGUUCAAAACGAUAAGCAUAAAUUGAUUGAUACUAAUGUAGCAUCACCAUCGUAUGCUAAGCUUAUGGUUAAAGGAAAAAGUAACUAUUCAUAUACUUCUCCAGUCAAGGAGAAAGUUAUGGACUGGCUUAAGAGUACACAAGAAUUUAGGGAAACGGUGGACGACGGUGAGAUUGCAAUAAUAUUUGAAGAAAAAGCUUUAUCUGAAGGUAAUGGUCCAUUCUUUGUAGAUAAAUCUUUGCCUGUUUUGGACAGGACAGAUGUUAGCGCUGUCGAACAUAAAAAAACUCGUGUUUCAAUACAAAGCUCCCCGAAGAAAAACUCUCCCAGUGAUAAGCACAGUAGUAUUUGCAAUGAAACCCUAUAUCACAAGAAGUCAGAACACUCCGAAGAGACAACCACCAAAAAAUCAGAUAGUACUUUGCAGAUGGGUAAUACACUGUCUCAUGAUCAGCAAAAGUGUGCACAGAAUAGCUCUGUGGAAAAUCAGGAUCAUCCCAGGACUGUUAAUAAUACCACUGUAAUGUCUUCAAGUUCAACAAAGCAGUCCUGGUCGAGAAUCGCGCAAUUUGGAAAGAAAAUGCAAGAUAAGAAACAAAAGUUAAAACGUUUAGAUGUUAGCGUUGAAAGUAAAUCUUGUAUUCCAAAAUUAAAUGUUGAACCAUCUCGUGUCUUACAUGAAAAUAAUGAUUAUAAUGAAAACACGAGAUUGGACAAAGCCUCUGAGCAGUCCAAAAUUGCAAUAAGAAAUGAGACAACUCCAUUAAAAUCAAUUAUAUGUGAUGAUUCUCUAAAUGUUAAUACUGACCUUAGCCCUCCAAUAUUAACACCAGUAUAUAGUAAUAUCAAUGAAAGUAUCGUAAAUCAAAAAAAUAUUUUUGAAGAUGUUAAUACCUGUAUUAAAGAAAGCCAGUUGCCAGAGUCACCGACCAAUUCGCAACUAGAAAAUUAUUCACCUAAAUUAAAAGUGUCGCUUUCUUUAUAUAGUCCUGACCAAGUAAAAUUCAGGAAAAAGCGUGAAGCCAAUAAUUGCAGACCUUUCAUGUUGAACGGUACAUUAUCGUCGGGACAGGCUUUAAUCCAAACUGCAAGUAAAAAUAACAGUGUCAACGAAAUAAAAAUGAUAUCACCAGCAGUUUCUGAAGGAUCGACAAGAAGUAGAUUGGCACUUCGUAUAGAAUCUGACAAGGAACGCGCAAUUAAGGAGAAUAAUAGCAAGAUCGCAGAUGUAGUGAAGAAAGGUGGAACGUUGCUGAACUUAAUUGAGAAUGCAAACAAAAGGCGUAAAGUGACAUUUAUAAAACUGAGUAACAUGACCCCUAACCACAGAAGGAAAAGAGUAAAAUUCUGGUACUUGGGUCCACUACGUGGGAAAGGUACACUAAAGUGUUUUGUUACACAAGAGACUUCGGUAAUACGUGAACAUCAAUUGGAGACGGAAGGUGACGUACAAACGAGCUCAAUGCAUAAAAUCAACUGCAUAAACUCAUCCGAAGCGAUUGGCGAUACAACUCAAAUUGAAGUUGGGCGCAAUCGAGUCUUCGAGACAGUUUCAAAACCAGACUGUACGGUCAAGCAAGAUAAAAAUCUGAACUUGAAACAAAGACACGCAAAAGUACUUUUUCCAAAAGAAGAUUCACAACUGCGAUUGUUGUCUUCGGAAUCACCUGCAAUCGAAUCUAAUUCUCUUUCGACGAAUAUACUUACACGAAUUUUUAAUGAUACGCAUACAGCACUUAAUAAUGAAAAGGACAAAACCUGCACAAAAUGUCCAAAUAAAGAACAAAAUAAAAUUGAAAGUUUAAAGAUUCAGGAAUCUGAGUUAACUAACACACAAAUCGGUGAUACAAGUAGCUCAAGGAGACAAAGAAAAAGGCCUUGUUCUGUAAUUACCGAAGAAAAUAUUUCCAAUAAGUAUUUUACCUAUAAAAGCGAAGAAAAUACUUUAAAGAAAAUUAAUAUGUAUUCGACAAGUAAAGCUGCGAACAAACUGGAAUCUUCUGAGAAAAAUCCUGAUGGAAACUGUGAUACUAUCACAUUGUCGAGUAAUGCCAGGUCACUUGAAUCGAGUACAAGGCGAAAUUUAAAUUUCACGGAACAAGAAGAUUCCAAUUCUGUAAUGAAAGAGAUGCGAGCAGUCGCUUCGACAUCUAAACAAAUGUUAAAAGAAGUAUCGGCUCAAGAGAUAAAUGAAAACAUAUCACGGAUUAACACGCAUAGGCAAUCAAAUGUGUUAAAAGAGAAAGAUUUCUGUAGCACUAAGUCGGAGGACGAUCUAGUAGACAGGGGGAAGACAUUUGGAUCGUUCGAAGGGUCGAAAAAAAAAUACAAACGCAUCGUGCCUUUGAGUAAUUCGGAAACGGACUCUGAAAUUAACGACGUUAAUGUAAGACAAAAACACGAAGCAACAAAAAAUAUGACUGCAAAGAGGUAUUACACCAGCGACAACGGCGGAAACGAAUCCGGAUGCAGUAAUAAUAGCUUAGCUAGUAAUAAAACGAUCAAGCAAGUGUCGAAAAAAAAAAGAACCAAUUCUCGAAGUACCUCGGACGACGAUGGGUCGGACGUGCGGACGAUACUAAAUGACUGGUGUGCCAGUUUGACAUCGUCCCAGAAAGAAAAAAACGCCAAAGAUAAAGUCGUAGAACAGACGAAUGUUCAUUCGGGUCGUCUGCUCAGGGAGAACGGCGUAAAUAAAUCAAAGCAAGACACGUCACUUGAUUCAAGUCAGGAAGUAACAGGCAUCGAUAUCGAUAAGUAUUCGCUAUUGAAUCAAGCAGAAAUCUGUAACAUCGUUGGGAUUUCGCCGAUUGCACGAAGAAGUACAACGGAAUACCGCGAUGCGUCGAAAACUUUGAAAAAUAGUUAUCCCGUAGAGACGGAGGAGCAGGAGGUGAGGAAGGGUUUAAAGGAAAACGAGACAUCUACCGUCCCGUUUACCUCCACAUCGUCCAGCGUAUCCAACAUGCCGGCAGUCUCGCAGUCUGCACAAUUAAGAGGUAAUCUUUCAAUCGAUGGCAGUAUAGUGCAGGAUACCGAGGCGAUUGAGAAUUCCUAUGAAAUUGUAAUGGACACUGAAAUAGAACCACCCGAAGAUGAUUCUUCAAAUAAUCAGAUUAAUUUGGCACAACGUGUACUCGGGCUCGAGGAACGUAAGUCACAGAACGCCUCACCGAAUGCUACUUACAAAGUUAGCGGUCCUAAGCAAAUUUAUCCUGACGUGUCACUUGCACCAGAGGGGCCGAUGACGGAAACCGAAAAGAUAUGCAUCUUUCCCGAGACCGUUAAUUUAGACGAGGAAGAAAUGUCUGAAGCCUUUUGUGACUCGAGUCAACGAUCAAACGAGUGCCUAUCUGGCAAACGGUCAGAUUUCCCAAGAGUGGCAGCAAAUGUCUUUUCCAAUUUUGUAUCCGCCAGUCCAGAGAAACAUUCGGGUACCAUUUCCUGCAAAGUAAAUCAUUCGAAGAAUGUAAAUAAUAGACAGGAUCGAUCUUUGCCUUCGGAUAGCACCCCUGACUCUGUUCUAAGUAAGAAGAAAAUCAAAAGUACCAAAGACUUACAUUUUACUUCUACGUCUAAUUAUAACGAAGUCAAGAAAAGUGCACCCGAAGAGUGGGCACAGAAACCACUGGGGGAAAACCUGAAUUUCGAAGAGAAGGAUGUGAUCAAUGAGACACCGAUGGAGCAGGACUCGUUAAUGAACAUUACGCAAGGACAAUUGUAUAUGCGUCAAUUCGAACGGGAUUUGUUUGGAAAUAAUAAAUCUGACGAUGAACGGCAAAACGUCUUACAUAAAAACGGAGGUAGCCAAGAAGCAAUAAAGACGACCACCAUCGAUAUAGUAGCAUGUACCGAGAGUGAACCUACAAAUAUUUCUGAACAUGAAACCAUGGAUUACGAAAUCAUUGAAACUACGCCGGAACGAAAGCCGAAAAGAUAUGUAACAUCGGAUACGAGCUUGAGGUGUCCAAGGCGAUUAGAUUUAUCGCAAGCUAAUGAAAUAAGUAACCGGAUGAACCCUGUCAAAGAUACAGCAAUAUCCACUACCGUCAAAGAAAGUCCUUCGAACGAAAAAUUUCUGGAAGAUAUGAAACCUGCUCAUCUUGUGGGCGAAAGGACAUUUCAACCACUACAAGAAAGUACACCAAAAGUCACGUCUCGUAAUCGUUCGUUUGCAGGCAUCACUUCAAUUUCAAGCAAAGAGCAAAAUUGCAAGGCAAAUGUAGAUCAGCAAGUUGCAAAGAGUAAACUUUGUUUCGCUUGUAGUCAGCUAUCGAUUGCACAAAUCGAACGUGUGAAAUCCUUUGCAAAACUUGUUAAUGCAAAUUUCACUAACGUGUAUAAGCCUGAUGUUACUCACGUGAUAAUGAACGCGUGUACAGAAACUAAUUCAGUGGAUAAAACGCUAAAGUAUGUACAGGGAAUAGCUCACAAAAAAUGGGUAGUUGGAUAUACGUGGAUUACUGACUGUAUAAAAGCUGAAAAGCUACUUAAUGAAGAAGACUACGAAGUCGUUGAUAACUCGACAUUAGAAGCAGGACCUAAAAAGUCACGACUCAGGGAAAAAGAUCUGUUCGAAGGGUUUGCUUUCUUCUGCAUCGAACCGUUUGAUCAUAUCCCGAUCGAAGAGUUCGAGGAUUUAUUAAUUAACACCGGAGCAUAUGUUGCGAAGACGUUUAAUGAACUUGCUGCUAUAAAGAAUAAAUUGAAGGUCAUAGUUACUCAGGCUUAUGCCCAUGAAAAAGAAAUUGUCGAACGAGCCAGAAAAGCGAAAGCUGUUCCUCUAGCGUACGGAUGGGUAAUAGAAUGUAUCAGUCAAUAUAAGCUCAUUUCCCUCCUCCCAUUUAUUCACGAACUAUCAGUUCACGACGUUUUAACUCUUGGUCUACCAGAAGAAUUAUUACAGGAGGAAGAAAGUCUGAUAACUUCUGAAUAAUCCGGAAAAAUUACCUAAUAAUAUAUGUAUAUAUCUGGGAGUACAUUUAUUAACUUACUUAUUGUUUCUCGUGUAUUCGAUGAAUAGGUGCAACAAUUUUAAUUCAUUUACUAAAAAACUAAUGUAGAAGGAAAUAAUAUAUUAAUUUUGUAUACGAUAUUUGUAAUAUACCGCGUUAUUUUGAUAUUUUUAAGUAUAAUUUUGAUCCCUUACUGGUGUUAUAGUAGUAUUAUAUUUUGACACGAGUAGUUAAAAUAUUUCUUGUUAAGUACAUUGAGUUUAAUGUUAAAAGACUUCGUUAUUCUAUGUAUAUAUAUAUAUAUGUACGUUUAUAACUGCGUAACUAAAAUUAGCCCUUUCAGUAACUGCCGUUAAUGUAAUUAAAAUGUAGUUGUUAAAGUAAAAAUGUUUAUACUUUUUUAUA